UCCUUUUCGCGGAAACCGAUCGCUCACUCCCGUUCUUGCGCCUCGGCUCGAAGCCUCCAGAAGGCGGGGCCAUUUGCAAUUGCACUGGGCUGUCACUCGAGGCCCCGCCCCACGCCAACGGGUGCCGCCAUGUUGGGGGUCCUCGCUGGGGACACGUAGGCGUCCGCGUAAGAUGCCGGCCGACGCGCGCUGCCGCCGCCAAGAUGGCUUCCAUGCGGGAGAGCGACACGGGCCUGUGGCUGCACAACAAGCUGGGCGCCACGGACGAGCUGUGGGCGCCGCCCAGCAUCGCGUCCCUGCUCACCGCUGCGGUCAUCGAUAACAUCCGCCUCUGCUUCCAUCGCCUCUCAUCGGCCGUGAAGCUCAAACUGCUGCUCGGGACGCUGCAUCUUCCGCGCCGCACGGUGGACGAGAUGAAGGGCGCUCUGAUGGACAUCAUUCAGCUGGCCACGCUGGACUCCGAUCCCUGGGUCCUCAUGGUGGCUGACAUUCUGAAGUCCUUCCCUGAUACAGGCUCCUUGAAUCUGGACCUCGAAGAACAGAACCCCAAUGUUCAAGACAUCUUAGGAGAACUUAGAGAAAAAGUGAGUGAGUGUGAGGCAUCUGCCAUGCUACCACUGGAGUGCCAGUACCUGAACAAGAAUGCCCUGACCACCCUUGCUGGGCCCCUCACCCCACCAGUGAAGCAUUUUCAGCUAAAGCGGAAACCUAAGAGUGCCACACUGCGGGCAGAACUGCUGCAGAAAUCUACCGAGACAGCCCAGCAGCUGAAGAGAAGUGCAGGGGUCCCAUUCCAUGCCAAGGGCCGGGGCCUGCUCCGAAAGAUGGACACUACAACCCCUCUCAAAGGUAUCCCGAAGCAAGCUCCCUUCAGAAGUCCCACCACACCCAGCGUCUUCAGCCCUUCUGGGAACCGGACUCCAAUACCACCUUCGAGGACACCACUGCAGAAAGAAAGGGGUGUGAAGCUGCUGGACAUUUCUGAGCUGAAUACGGUUGGUGCUGGCCGAGAGGCAAAGAGGAGGAGGAAGACUUUAGACACAGAAGUGGUAGAAAAGCCCACCAAGGAAGAGACAGUUGUUGAGAAUGCCACCCCUGACUAUGCUGCUGGCCUCGUGUCCACUCAGAAACUUGGGUCUCUGAACAGUGAGCCAACACUGCCCUCCACAAGUUACCUGCCCUCUACACCCAGUGUGGUACCUGCCUCAUCUUACAUCCCCAACUCUGAGACUCCCCCAGCUCCACCCUCCCGGGAAGCCAGCCGGCCACCUGAGGAACCCAGCACCCCAAGUCCCACACUGCCAACACAGUUUAAACAAAGAGCACCUAUGUAUAACAGUGGCCUGAGCCCAGCUACACCAACACCUGCAGCACCUACCUCACCUCUGACACCUACUACUCCCCCAGCUGUCACUCCCACUGCUCAGACACCCCCAGUGGCCAUGGUGGCCCCUCAGACGCAGGCUCCUGCCCCUGUUCAGCAGCAACCUAAGAAGAACCUGUCCCUCACGAGAGAACAGAUGUUUGCUGCCCAGGAGAUGUUCAAGACUGCAAACAAGGUCACUCGGCCAGAGAAGGCCCUCAUUCUGGGCUUCAUGGCUGGCUCUCGAGAGAACCCAUGCCCGGAGCAGGGGGAUGUGAUCCAGAUCAAGCUCAGCGAGCACACAGAGGAUCUACCCAAGGCAGACGGCCAGGGCAGCACCACCAUGCUGGUGGACACAGUGUUCGAGAUGAACUACGCUACAGGCCAGUGGACACGCUUCAAGAAGUACAAGCCUAUGACCAACGUGUCCUAAGUGCUGUCUCUGCUGCUGACCCUCAUCAGACCAGGGGACAAGUUUUGCUGGCUGUGCUGAGUGACCUGAGCAGAUACCGAAGGAUGUGCUCCACCCAGCACCUGCUAGCCACAGGCUCCUGGGCCCCAGCUAUCUCCCUGGGGAGUUUAGGCUUAUUUUUUAUAUUUUAAUGAGUUAGUUUUUUGUGUGACUAAGAUACUUUUUUUUUGAUUCAAUAUUAUGUUUUGAAUGCAAACCAAAAGUUACUUCAUAAUUUUAGUGCCUGUUUGACUUUUACCUUUUUUAUUUCUUCUUAAAAAAAAAAAAGUCCUGGCUGAGAGGGCUUCUCUCUGCUUGUGCAUGCCCUCCCUCGUGAGGUUGACACCUGGCAGUCUAGGGUGUGAGGGGGGCUAUGACCAGCCUUGAUGCCGUUACCUACCUACCAGGGAUUUGUAUGUCUUUUGUACAGUUGUAAACAUUUUAAACCUGUGCCUGGGUUCCUAUUUUCAUUGUAAAAUGACCUGAGUAUUAAAGUUUAGUUUUUCUAAACAAAGCCCGCAGAGCUGUGAUUCAGGCUAGCUUGAUUCCCUGCUCUGAGACCAAACUCCUCCAUAUACAGCUGUCAGAACCUGGGAGAGGAGAGGCAGGGUUGGGAGAUAAGACUUCCUGAAAACAGAGGUAGGUCAAUGAGUAGAGCAACUGUGGGCACCCAGGAAGUGGAGGAGUCAGACACAGUUACAUAUUAAAUAAGUGUAAGAAAAAAGGCCUUUGAAGUUUUUUUAAUAAAAAAAUACUCAUUACAGUUCUC